GAGAUGUCAAUUCUAGUCAUCGAGCGUCAAAAUGAAAACAUUUGGAGAACCCUAAUCAAAUUCAAAACCCCUUUCCCAUCUUCGCUCUCUUGAAGAAAUUUGAGAUAUUUUUUUUAUACUUGAAGUGCAUCAGCUCCUAUUUUGCCAAAACCGGAAACAUAUUGGAACAUGGACAAAGAGGAUCAUGCUUUCUAUGUUGUUCGAAAGGGGAAUAUCGUUUCCAUUUACAGAAACUUUAGUGAUUGCCAAGCUCAAGUUAGCUCUUCGGUAUGUGAUCCUCCAGUCAGUGUGUACAAAGGUUAUUAUUUAAGUAAAAAAACAGAGGAUUAUCUUGCUUCUCAUGGUGUCAAAAACGCUUCCUAUGCCAUUAACGAGGGAGAUGUGAAGGAGGACCUAUUUGGAGCUCUUGUGCCUUGUCGUUUUCAGGAGGCAACGAACUCAACUUCAGUCUCCACUGAGGGUCCAAAACAACCCCUCAACUUGGGUUUAACUAUGGAGGCACAGCCGUUAUCUCACCAUCAAAUUCAAUGUAUUAUUGAGUUUGAUGGUGCUUCAAAAGGAAAUCCUGGAAAAGCUGGUGCCGGUGCUGUAAUUAGGACCAUAGAUGGACAUGUGCUUUGUCUGCUCCGUGAAGGCUUGGGAGUUGUGACAAAUAAUGUUGCUGAAUAUCGAGGCUUGAUUUUAGGAAUGAAAUGUGCUCUUAGAAAAGGUUUCAAACAUGUUCGCGUGACCGGUGACUCCCAACUUGUUUGCAUGCAGGUACAAGGCCGCUGGCAAACAAAGCAUCAAAACAUGAUUGAGCUGUGCAAGGAGGUCAAACAACUCGAGAAGAACUUUCUCUCUUUCCAGAUCAACCAUGUUAGGAGGGACUUUAAUUCACUAGCUGAUGUCCAAGCAAAUAUAGGCAUUAACUUGCCAGCUGGCCAAAUCAGUGAGGAGCAAGGCCAAGUUUAUUAGUUUCCAUAGUGUUUUUAGUCGGAACAUGCUAAAUUAUGAAAUAUCCCUGUAUGUAUGUGUAAAUUGAUUGUAGCAGGCUUUGCUGAUUCCUAGUUUCUCAGGAUUCUCAAACUGAAAUAAAAAACUUUAUGUGAAGAACUUGAUGUUGGAAAAGUCUGCUCGUCUUUUACAACAUUAUCUUGUUUUUCUGUUAUUUAUUUUGCUAAUGUAACAAGUGAAAUACUAAUGAAAUUUGAAUGUGCUUUUCAUA